AAGCGCCCGCCUGGGCCUAGGGACUGCUCGGUAGCGGUGGGGCGGGGCGGGGCUGCGACACCCAGCUGGGCGGAGCCAGGCCAUGGCGACCGCAGAGCCCGGCGGGCCGGCGAUGAGGGCUGCCACCCCCGGAGCCCGGCCUGGCGGGGCCUCAGGGCACGCGGCAGGAGCUGUGGGACCGCCCUCCGGGAGGAGCGCCAGCGGAGCCCUCCGGCUGGGGGAGCGAACCCCUGCUACAGUGGAGAAGCGUGGACCGUACAUGGUGACGCGCGCGCCGUCCAUUCAGGCCAAGCUGCAGAAGCACCGGGACCUGGCCAAGGCUGUUCUGCGGAGAAAAGGCAUGCUGGGUUCCUUGCCGAACCGCCCCGACUCUUCAGGGAAAAGGUCUCAGCGGGCUCCACCUCCUCUCUGCCGACAAUUUCCAAAGUCGUUAUUCCUCAGCCUGGGAGACGGGGUGCUCACGUUUAGGGCUGACCCAGUGAUUCCCUGACGGCAGCCUGUCAGGUUCACUAUACCUAGGGGUACUUUUUCAUUGAGCCACAUCCCCAGCCUUUUUUUUUUU